AUGUAUGCGCCUUCGAUCGAGAAUCACCUUAAUGCCAGUAAUUUCACAGUGGAGAUGGUCAACUACUACCACCGACUAUCCCUAGUAUGCUCAGCACCACCACACUACCCAAGAACGAAGAACCUACGACUAGCAACAACAAGAACUUACUCUCAACUCAGAUAUCAAUCGACUCAUCAUAACAGAUCACUACCAGAAGACCGAAGAAAACCAUCCUCAUGGAGCCUCAUCCUCACCUCAACACUCUUAGUAGCAGUCACCUCUGGGACAAUCUGGUCUUAUCAAGCAGCUUCAAGGGAACAAGAGAAGAAGAAGAAGAAGCACAUCCGAACACACCAAUACAGCCCAUUCGAAAUCAAUCACUCCAAGUUGCUGACUCCCGAUACAGCCCUAAUCGAACUGGAUAUAGUCGGAACUCUAGACCCGAUCGACAGUCCAUUUUACAUCGAAUCGGUCUACCUCAAGCAGCCCGCACUCCAGAUCGAACGGCCAUACACGCCCCUCUCAUCCCUCACUCCCUCAGGACUUCCGCCAAAGGAUCCCGCGGAGCUAGCUUCCAAGAAGACGAUCGAGUUGCUCGUCAAGAGAUACCAGGAUGGUGAUAUGUCUACGUACUUACACCACGUCAGAAAACCCGGUAAUCAGCUCGAGAUCAGGGGUCCAGUCCCGACCUGGUGGUCUCCAAAGGAUCAAAUAGAUGAACUGGUAUUCAUCGCUGCAGGAACCGGAAUCACCCCAGCAAUCCAACUGAUCCGUCGGAUCUUUCAUCAACAGACAACAACAGCCAACCUACCCAAAUUCAAACUCAUCUACCUCACUCGUUCAUUAGACUCAGCGUACCUCCUAGACGAACUCCAAAAGUAUCAAUCAACUUAUCCCGAGCUGAUGACCUUCAAGCUGCUCGUCGAUCAGUGCGUGAACCAAACUUCGGUCACUCAGAAUCUCAAAAUAGACAAGGUGGGACGUUUGACAUUGUCAGACCUCAGGAAAUGGGUCGGAAAUCAUAAUCAAGAUGAUACGAAGAAAAUGAUCCUUGUUUGUGGACCAGAUAGUUUGAUAUGCGCUGUAGCCGGCUGUAAGGGUCGUGGAUAUAACUCACAAGGAGAUCUAGGAGGGAUGCUAAAAACAUUAGGAUAUUCGAGUGAUCAAGUCUUCAAAUUAUGA